CGUUGGGGAGAUUGUGUAAACCACAGAUUAUAUAGUGUGUAAACGCAAAACGCAAUUAGGUUGUAUCAGAAAAUUGAACAAUUUUUGUAUGACUUUGCGGUACCGUUUAUUGUUUUAAAAAUGAGCGAAGUUGCUGCCACAAGUCAUAGAAUAUUAGAACUAUACAGUGGUAUAGGAGGCAUGCAUUGUGCUUGGAAAAAUGCUGGUAUAAAAGGAGAAAUUGUUGCCGCCGUAGAUAUAAAUAAUAUUGCCAAUGAUGUCUAUAAAAUUAAUUUCCCUAAUACAAACCUAUUAAACAGGAACAUUCAAUCUAUAUCAGCAGAAGAAAUAAAUCAGCUCAAUGUGGAUGCAAUACUAAUGUCUCCUCCUUGCCAGCCUUUUACUCGUAAUGGAAAAUAUCUAGAUGAAAGUGAUUCAAGAGCAGAUUCCUUUGUCCAUUUUAUAAACAUAUUAGAUGAACUUAAAAAUAUUAAGUAUAUUUUAAUGGAAAAUGUGAAAGGCUUUGAAAAGUCUUCUGUAAGAAAUCUCUUCAUUAAGAAGUUACAACAAUGCAGUUUUAGUUAUCAAGAAUUUCUUAUUUGUCCAACCACUAUUGGUAUACCCAAUUCGAGAUGUCGAUAUUAUUGUAUAGCAAAGAGGAAUGAUGCUGCCUGGCAUUUCAAAAGAAAAGAUGAAUUAAUGGAAUGUCUAACAGAAAAAUAUGAAAAACCAUAUUGUUUGGAUAAAAUUAUUGAAACUGAAGUACCCGAUAUAUUUCUUUUAAAAGAUAAAUUUCUAAAGCGUGGGAAUAUUUUGGACAUAUGUCAUAAAGACUCUAGAAGAUCUUGUUGUUUUACAAAGGCAUAUUCACAUUAUAUUGAAGGUACAGGAUCAGUUUUCACUGAAGCAGAUAAGGAAACUGUACAAAAAUGUUAUGAAAUAGCUAAUAAGUCUAAAGUGGGAAGUGAUGAAUUUAUACAGACGUUGAAAACUCUAAAACUGAGAUUUUUCACACCCAAAGAAAUAUUAUUAAUUAUGGCUUUCCCUGAAACAUAUUCAUUUCCUGAAACAAUAACUUUGAAACAGUGCUAUAGAUUAUUAGGGAAUAGUGUAAAUGUUAAAGUUAUAAGUGAACUAAUAAAAUUGUUAUUUGAAUAAGCUACAACAUUUCCAUUUUUAAUAGCUACAGAUGCUAUUGAGCAUAAUACAGUUUGACCUAAAAAGACUUAAGUAUGCGGCUAAAUAGAACCAUUGCUAAGAACUUGUCUGGCCCUUCUCUUGGCUCGAUAGUUGAGGACCCUCAUUCUCAACAUAACAGCAAUUGAAGAAGCAGAACCUAUCACAAAUGACCAUAUUGUGAACUUCCAAUAGGCUCUUUCCUCUAAAUAGGCCACUCUGUCACAGCUGAAAAUAUUAAAAUA